AUCCUGUCCGCUAAGGGUGGACACCCUGUCCGAUAGAAGUGGACGAAUCUGUUUUUAAAAUUUGAAAAUAAGGACCUACGCGGUUUGUGACGUAGACCCCGCCGACUAAAGAUGGAGAACCUGUCCACUAAGGGUGGACACCCCGUCCGAUAGAAGUGGACGAAUCUAUUUUGAAAUUUGUUUUGUGUUUUUUUUUGAAAAUAAGGACCUACGUGGUUUGCGCCGUAGACCCCGUCGGCUGAAGAUGGCGAGCCUGUUUCAUUUUGUUUUUGAAGACUUCAUUUUUGGAAAACUGAGGACCUGCGCGGCUAGUGACGCAGACCCCGCCCGCUAAAGGUGGGCGAGCCCUGUCCGCUAAGGGUGGACGCCCCGCUCGCUGGAGGUGAGCGAACCUGAAUUCGUCUUUUGAUUUGGGAUUCGCGUGCCGCGAUCUUGCCAACUAAAGAUGGGCAAGUUCCUAUUUCUUUGGUUUUUUGUGAUUCCUUUUGAGAUUUUCUUUUUUAUCCAUUCUUGCAAGAGCGAAUUCUUUCGAGGGAUGCUCGAAUUUAGUUGUAACUUGAACGUGGGCUGACAACGUGUUCAGACGGACCUUUGUCUUGCGACCGUCUGCUCUCGCGGUUUGAGCUAGUCUUUACGGCUCAAUUUUGCCACUACUUGGUCUUUGAUCAGAGGACCGUGCACAAGUGUCAAUGACGACCUUUCCCUGAGGACGAACCUGUUUUUUUUUUUGAGAUAUCCAAACAUGAUAUGGUGUAUGGCGCAGUCCGAGAAUGUGAUUUCGAUCGUGCGCCCCUUGUUGGAGUCUAUUUUUCGCGAGCCCCCAAGCACUGGGGCUCGUCGGUCGUUUUUCGCAUCUUGUAAUCAUGUUUGGGGUCAUACUCGUAUGUGCGAGCGACCUUUUAUAGUAGUGUGCUACGUUAGCGAAGCCGUGGAAUGCGACUUUAGUUUUCAGGCGACAUCCGGUUUUAGCUUGGCCUAGAUUAAUCCUUUAACAAACAAACAUUUUUUUUUUGGAAAACCAACGACUUGACGACACAUAUUUUUGGUGUUUCGAAGAAUGACCAUGAUAUUUAACUUGUUUUUUUUUUUGAAAAAUGUACAUAAGUAUUUUCUGAGACGAGUCAAAGUUUCGACCAAGUUUUAAUGUUUAUAUUUGCUUAUUUGGGAGCUAAAGGUGCUUUGGGCUUGAUCCUACUUGCAAUAGGGCCUCGUGUUUAGCAACACGGUCUUAAGUCCUUUCCUGUUCCGUGUUUUGUGAAAUCUGGGCCUUGGGCUGCAUUUUCAGCGCCCAAGGCCAGGCGUUAAACAUUUCGGCGCCCAGCCGUGGGCGCUGAAAGUCUUUUCCUGGUGAUUUUUGACUUUCGGAUUUCCUUACACGUUUCCGAAUGGGAUCAGGAUGUCAUUGGGUGCGUUCAGCUAUAUAUAGGGGCUAGAUACGUCCCUAUUUUCCACCACUCUCAAAUUCUUUCUCUCUUUUUGCUGCGUUUUAAUUACUCAUUGCUUUUGCCAUGUCGACCCCUAUUUUCUCACUCCAACGGACUGUUAGGCGUUGGCUACGAGCCCUUACUCCCACAGAAAAGGCUUUGUUAAAAGAAUACCACUUAGAGGCACUUUUAGGCUUACAACAAAUUAAUAUUGAUUAUAACUUUCUGCAUGCUGCCCUAAACUUUUGGGACUACGAUCAUCAUGUUUUGCCUUUCGGGGCAACGAAAUAUGUCCUUUGCCCGAUGAAUUUGCUGCGAUCCUUGGUUAUCCUACCAAUGCUACUCCUGUUACCCCUGGCACUAUUGAAGAGGGUAAAACAACCAUAAGGGCUUUCCUAAGACUAGAUGAUAACAUGUUUGCUGAAAUUGUUGUAGAUGAUAAGGUUAACUUGGCAAAACUUGUAAAACAUCACUUUAGGCCUAGUAAGAAUAUGACCGAACAGAAAUUGAAUAUUCGAGCCCUUGUAUUUUGCUUGUUGAAUCAUUAUUUGCUGUCGAAUAACAAUGGUGAGUUCAGUGACAUAAGGUUGAUCCCCUUGAUUAGCCAGAUGGAAAGUUGCUAUUCUAUUAUGCCGUUGGUUGUUGCCGAGACUUUGCUGAGUGCGGAUGAGCUGAAGAAGGAUGCCAAAUCUGAACAUUUUAAGGGAAGCCCCCUAUUACUGCAGAUUUGGCUUGCGGAACUGCUUAGACUUUUGGAAGCUCCUGCCGAUCCUAAACAUUAUCGCCCUAUAGCUUUGGGUAACCGAAAAUACUUGCACCAAGGCCAGGACGAGGCCGAAUGGACCUCCUUUUUUACUUAUGGCAUUUGUUCUAUUAAGUGGGUGGUACCAUGGUGGGGUUUGACUACUAUGACAGGGGGUUCUGAUGUAUCGGUUUAUGUUUCUUUGUUGGGGCUAUCUCGUCCCAUUUAUAUUUUCCCUUACCGAGUCAUGCGUCAAUAUGGUUUAAGGCAGACUAUCCCCUUUUCUGAUACGGUACCACCUAAGUUAGCGGCCUUUUCACAAAUACGGGUCCUAGCGUGGGCUAAGUAUUAUGAUGGUCUCCCGCGUUGGGCCGUAGCUACAAAUGGCUUUGUGGGUCUUUCUGAAAACUAUAAGUUGUGGAUGAGCUCCGAUGAUAAAGAUGUGAGGGCCGAGGCUCGUAAUGGGGAGCCGGCUGAGCUUUUGAUACCUCGUAUUCGUGUUAAGUAUGAGGGUCCUGAUUCUGCCAGACCUCGUACCUAUAGUAUUAAGACUGUGAAAGCUCGUCCUGAUCGAAAGAGAAAGGAAGUUUCUCCCCGUUCCAAUUUUAGGCCUAAAAAGAUGCCUAACAUGAAAGAAAUGCAAGCUCUCGCGGAGAUCGUCGCCGGAACAAUGUAUGGGUCAGGAAGGCUCAGCUGCCUGUAGAAACAGCGGCUAGUCUAGCUGAUGAUAAUAAUCCUUCUCCUACCAUUGUCUGUGCCCUUGAGGCUGAGCGGGCUAUAACUGAGAAUGUUUCUGAAGCCUUGGCAUCUUUGGAAGUUAGUGUCCAGGAGCCGGUUCUUAUGGAGAUUGAUAUUGGGGCAGCGCAGAAGACUGUGGGGGUGGAUCCUGCGAACAUUGC